AUGUCGGGGCGACCGGUGGCGUCGGCCUCGCGGCUGGUGAUCUUCGCCAUCUUGUUCCUUCUGACGGGGUACGUGACCAUCGUGCCCUUCCUCGUCCCCAAGGCGCAGGUGGGCAUCAUCCUGUCCACCCAGGGUUGGGCCUCAGUUGCUGCAUUGAUCCCCAGCGGCUUCGCCAUUGACAAGUAUGGCGCCAAGGCGAUUCUGCAGCUUGGCGUGGCCAUGGCGAUGGGUGGCAUCGCCCUGGCGGCUUCUGCCAGCUUCCACUCCCAGCUGAUCUCGCGGGUGGUGGUGGGUGCAGCCACCUCCGUGAUCUUCAACGCGGCCAUGGCGUUGAUCAUGGAGCACUUUGUGGAGCCGCUGCGCUCGGAGCACCUGGGCCUCGCCGUGGGCCUGGGCUCCCUGGGGAACGUGGCAGGCCCCUUGUUGGUGGGGGCGCUCUUCGAUGGAGCCAGGAUGGGAGGAUUGCCGGAGCCCCAAUUCUGGUGCCUGGUGCCUCCACUUCUUGGCUUCGCCGCGGUUUGGCAAAUGCUCCGCGCAGUCCCAGACAAGUCCGAGCCGCUGCUCGAUCCGGAGGAUGACUCCAGCCUUUUGGCCAAGGCCUGUGGCGGCGUCUUCCUCUUCCGGCGCGCCAAGGUGCUGGUCCUCACGCUGGAGCUGGUCUGCAUCUUCGCGGCCAACAACGCCUUCAUGACUCUCGGGGCCAUCGAGCUGCACAGGAGGGGCUUUUCCUCGAGCCAGAUUGGCAUGAUGACGAUGCCCUCCGGGCUGUUCCAGUGUCUUUUGUCUCAAUGGGCCGGGCGCUUCGCCGGAAGUGCGGUGAACCGCGAGCGGGUGCUGCUGGCCACUCCACUGCUGCUGGGCCUGGCGCUGCUGCCGCUCUCGCUGCUAGGCGACCGCUGGUUGGUGCCGCAGCUCCUGGCUGCGCUGGUGCUGAGCAGCGCCGCCCAGGGCGCCACGGACGCGCCGGCCAUGUCCAUGAUGGCGGACCUGGCCAAGGCCGAGGGCAUCGGCUACGGCCAGUCUCUCACUGCCACGGAGAUGGCCAUCAACGCGGGCCUAGCGCUGGGCCCCGCGGUGGCGGUGGCCUUUCCCUCGCUGUCGCUCCCGGCGCUGAGUUCGGCGGCGGGCGGCUGGGCGCUGCUCUCGGCGCUGUGCAGCGCGUGGAAGCUGCGGGGCGUGCCGCACUUCACGGGCUGA